AUGUCGAAAGACGAGCUUGAGCUUAACGUCGGGAAUCUUCUCCACGAUGAAUCGUCGUCAAGCUUUCGCAAGCGUGACAAUUAUGACGACGAUGCGGUCCUACGGCGGCUUGGGAAGCGGCCGGUGCUAACUCGAAGUUUUGGAUUCAUGUCAAUUCUCGGCUUCUCCUGUUCGGCAUUAUGCUCAUGGGAAAGCAUUCUCCUGACGAGUGUUCCGGGUCUUAUCAUAGGUGGACCAUCCGGUCUUAUAUGGGGGCUCGUAGUCAAUUGGAUUGGGGUUAUUUCCAUGUAUGCGACGUUAGCCGAACUGGCUUCGACAGCACCGACUGCUGGUGGUCAAUACCACUGGGUUUCGAUGCUGGGUCCAAAGUCGUGUUCAACAUUCUUAUCGUACAUGACUGCCUGGCUUACAACAUUAGCAUGGCAAGCAAUUUCUGUUAUGUGCAGUUAUCUUGUCGCGACUCUUCUACAAGGCAUCAUUGUCUUAGCACACCCAACAUAUGUACCUUUGGCAUGGCACACCGUACUGCUCAUAUGGGCUUUCGCUCUUUUCACCACUUUCAUAAAUUCCACCACGAGCCGUAUACUGGCAAAGUUGGAGGCCUUUAUUCUCAUUCUCCAUUUGGCCGGCUUCUUCGGAGUUUUGGUCCCAAUGGUGUAUUUUGCACCUCACAACGAACCGAGCUUUGUUUUUACAACGUUCCUCAACAAUGGAAACUGGCCUACACAGACGAUGGCUUUCUUUGUUGGAUUCCCGACACUUGCUACGGCUAUAGUCGGAGCUGACUGUGCUGUUCAUAUGUCCGAAGAGAUACAAUCGGCUCCCCUAGUUGUUCCUCGGGCGUUGAUGUAUACGGUUCUCAUUAACGGAGCACUUGCAUUGGGUAUGGCUAUCGCCAUGGUAUUUUGUAUCAGCGACUUGGAUGCAGCAAUGGCAGCUGUUGAUACCAUGUUCUACCCUUUCCUCCAGAUCGCGGAUUCUGCGGUUAAGUCGACCACAGGUGCUUGCCUUAUGGCGGGUGUCAUCCUCGCCUUGACAGUGGCGGGUAGCAUUGGUAUAUAUGCCUCGACGGCCCGCAUGCUCUGGUCUUUUUCUCGGGAUAAAGGCGUUCCAUUUUCAAACCAUCUGGUAAAGCUCACUAAGAACACCCUCCCGACGAAUGCAAUCUUUACCACCUUCGCUGUCACCAUACUCUUAUCAUUAAUUGCGCUUGGGUCCGCCGUCGCCCUCCAGGCCUUGUGCUCCUUGUCGGUAGCCGCUCUAUUUGCUUCCUACAUGGUUCCUUGCGCUCUUCUUCUUUGGCGCCGUACUACAGGGAAGAUGCGUCCUUAUUCAGGAGAAACAGAGGACCCUGAUCAAGAAGUUAGUUGGGGACCUUGGCGAAUUCCCGAACCAUUGGGAACCAUUAAUAAUAUAUUUGCUUGCGUAUAUAAUGUGGUAACGCUAUUUUGGUCCUUCUGGCCUCAGACGAACGACCCGACGGCGGAGACGACGAAUUGGAGCGUUCUACCCUUUUGUGUCGUCAUCUUGUUCUCUAUUAUAUGGUAUCCUCUCCAGGCGAAGAAACACUACAAAGGUCCUAUCAGAGAGGUCUGA